AUGGCGUCUGUAGCAGUCGGAGCUGGGUCUUCAGUGACGACGGCGGCGACGGGGCCUGGAGCCGCGAUGGAGUUUUUGCAUCACAAUCUAACGGUGGAGGCAUCGUGGCCAGAUCUUUUUGUUGAUGAUCUUGGUGGUUACUGGGAUGUACCAUUCUCAAUGGCAAUUGAUCUGGCUUCAGUUGCUUCUGACUCUGGUGCAAAUUAUCAUUUUUGCAUCAAUCAUAAUGCGGGACAACCUAAGCAGCAUGAAGAUCAACUCACCAGUGGAGUGGCGAUGACUCUUCUUCCUGGUUUGUUCAUCAAAAAUGCAUUUUCUUUUAAGAAAAAUGUUGAUAUUUGGAGAAGCAAAGCUCCCAAGUUGAAAAUGGUGCAACCAUUUGACAUACUCUUGUCAAAUCCUCACAUCUCAGCAUCAGGGAUACUUGGUGCUGCUCUAACGGCAUGUAUUGGAGAUAAUUUAGUCAGAUGACGAGGAGAAGAUUCACUGCCUUUUAAGGGCCUAACUCUUCGUGCUCCAGUAGUAAAUUCUACUAUUUUGGCUGAUAUAUUUGCAUCCAUUUCACUUUCUGUGCAGUAUGGAAACUUCCAAAGGUUAUUCCUAGAUCUUACUCGAUUUUACGCCCGCGUGGGUUUUCCUUCUGGCUCAAAAUUUAUUUCAGGCGCCACUCAUCUGGCUCAAGAUCU